UAGAUAAAUUAAAAAAAAAUAACUUAUUAUCCAAUGUCAUGUAUACAAUGUAUAGCACAGAUAAAGAUAAUAAUGUGUUACUUCAAACAUUUAUAUGGUUAGUAUAGGGAACCUAAUAGCAAUCUAGUUUAUUAUCUAUAUUUGUGAUUCCAUAAUUUAUCCGUCGAAUAAGCACCGGGCCUAAAGCAUAAGAAAUACUCAGACACUGAGUUGCACACCCGGUCAAUAUCUUGUCACUGUUCAUAUAUCUUAUUAUUAGUUUAUUAAAUUAAAAUAUUGUUCAUAAUUCACUUUUGUAUUUCAUUAAUUCCUAAUCCAUUAAAAACUCGAGAAGAUCAUUUCAAACAACAAGUUUCGUAAGAGUUAAGAUCGCAAAAUAAAUCAUAAUUAUGACUACUAUAUUAUCAUCUACAACCAGUCAAAAACAUAGAGCGUUCUCUGGAGAGCCUAUGCGAGAAAAACCUGUUGAAGAUCUUGCUGGUAUUGGACCUGUAUUAUCAAGCAGACUAAAAGAACAAGGAUUCCACAAAGCUUACAAAGUAUUGGGUCAAUUUCUUCUUUUAGAAAUGGAUCAAGAAUUAUUCUGUGCCUGGUUAAAAGAUACAGUGAAUGCUAACUCAAAACAAUCAAAAGAUUGCCAUGCUUGCUUAAAAGCAUGGUGUAAUGAAUUUUUGUAAAUAAUUUUUGAAUUUUCAAAUUAAUAUUUGUUACAUUUUUUUUUUUUUUUAAUUGUGAAAAAAUAUAAUUUUUAAACUAUUGAAGAUUAAAAUUAAACACAAUAGUUAUUAUUUUAAAAAUAAACAAUUAAAUAAUUAAACUUAUACUUUUUAAAAAA